GGAGGAGGAGAACGAGAACGGCGGGUGGCUCCUCCCGGCGCCCGCGCGGGGAUUUUCCAGCCGUGGCUCUGACGCCGCCGCUACCGGGACCAUGGGCGACAGAGGGACGCGAGUCUCAAAGUUGGAAGGGACCUCGGCGACCACCCCGUCCAAGCCGUACUUGACCAAGAAUCCUCGACAAGUCAGCCGGGCUUUGCUUUGAAGACCUCUAAUGAGGGAGAAGCCCCUGCCUCUGAGGGAAGCCCAUUUCAGAGGCUCUAAUUGCUAGGAAGCUCUUUCUCCUAACAGCUCCAAUCCGCUUCUUCAUAACUCUUGCCCAUUGCUCCUAGUUCUGUCCUCUGGGUCCAAGCAGAACAAAUCUAAUCCUACAUGGCAGCUUUUCAAGUUCUUGAAAACAGCUCUCCAGCUUCCUUAGUAUUCAAGAAGGCAAGUCCAAAUGGAAAGCUCACAGUGUACCUGGGAAAGAGAGACUUUGUGGACCACAUUGAUGUCGUCGACCCUGUUGAUGGCGUGGUUCUGGUGGAUCCUGAGUACCUCAAGGAGAGGAGAGUGUACGUGACUCUGACCUGCGCCUUCCGCUAUGGCCGAGAGGACCUGGAUGUGCUGGGCCUGACUUUCCGCAAGGACCUAUUUGUGGCCAACAUUCAGUCCUUCCCACCUGCCCCUGAAGACAGGCCUCUCACUCGGCUCCAAGAACGGCUCAUCAGGAAACUGGGAGAGCACGCCUACCCCUUCACUUUUGAGAUCCCUCCAAAUUUGCCCUGCUCAGUGACACUGCAGCCAGGGCCUGAGGACACAGGGAAGGCCUGCGGUGUGGAUUAUGAAGUCAAGGCCUUCUGUGCAGAAAAUCUGGAGGAGAAGACUCACAAACGGAAUUCUGUGCGCCUGGUUAUCCGAAAGGUCCAGUAUGCCCCAGAGAGGCCUGGUCCCCAGCCCACGGCUGAGACUACUCGCCAGUUUCUGAUGUCUGACAAGCCCUUGCAUUUGGAGGCCUCUCUGGACAAGGAGAUCUACUACCACGGGGAACCCAUCAGUGUUAAUGUCCAUGUCACCAACAACACCAACAAGACAGUGAAGAAGAUAAAGAUUUCAGUACGCCAAUAUGCUGACAUCUGCCUGUUCAACACAGCCCAGUACAAAUGCCCGGUGGCUGUGGAAGAGGCUGAUGAUAUGGUGGCUCCAAGUUCAACAUUCUGCAAAGUCUACACCCUUACUCCAUUCCUGGCCAACAACCGAGAGAAGCGAGGCCUGGCUUUGGAUGGCAAGCUGAAGCAUGAAGAUACCAACUUGGCUUCUAGUACCCUGUUGAGGGAUGGCACAAAUAAAGAGAUCUUGGGAAUCAUCGUGUCCUACAAAGUCAAAGUGAAGCUGGUUGUUUCCCGAGGAGGUGAUGUGGCUGUAGAACUGCCCUUCACCUUGAUGCACCCGAAGCCCAGGGAGGAACCUGUGCGUCGAGAAGUUCCAGAGAAUGAAGCGCCCAUAGAUACCAAUCUCAUAGAACUUGAUACAAACGAUGACGACAUUGUGUUUGAGGACUUUGCUCGACAGAGACUGAAAGGUAUGAAGGACGACCAGGAAGAGGAGGAAGUCCCAAACUCGCCACACUUAAACAACACAUAAGACUGGACUCCUCUUGGCUCUUCUUCUUGGGUGGUUCCUGGUUAACUCUUGUGAAUUAGGCUGCUUGUUAUCGUUUCUUCUUUUUCUUCUCCCUCUUCUUUUUUUCUGGUAUUUCUUUCCCCCUCUGUUUUUCUACUUCUACCAGGGGACUCCAGAGAACUUAUGUAGGUAUCAUCAGGGAUCCUCAACACCCAUCACCAUAUCACUGAGCCUCCCCAGUGGACACCUCAUUUCCACCCUGAAGAAUGAAUGAAUGGCUUACUACUCUUCUUCCUACCUUCAUCCAAGCCCUUAAACCAAGCCUUCUCUGUUUCUGCCUCACCUUCGAUGCCCUCCAGCCCCCCAGUCUUCAGCCUUCUCCACAUGGCCAGUCUCUAGGAGUUUCCCAAUCCACAAUCUUUCGAUUGUGUCUCUUCUGCACACAUUGUGUGGAAUCCAUUUGAUGGGAACUGAGUGUGUAAAUGUAGAGUCUUGUUGAGAGAGAGGGGGAAAGGAUCACCAGUAUAUGUGUAUUUUGGAGUGGGAGCAGGGGGAUGGUUCUACAGCUGCUGAUGGUGUGGCAAGUGACAAGAUGAGGGUGAUAGGGCUGUUUAUAGUUCUAGUCACCGGCAUGCUCAGAACAGUUAAUGAGAUCUGGCUGAACUACCUUGGGACAGAGAGAUAGAGGUAGCAAGUGUGGAGCCAUGCAGUGGGGAAGGUGGGGAAGAACCCAUGGCUGGAAUCUCUGUCUUUCCCCUUCCUUCCCCUCCCCAACAUUCUCUUCUCUUUGCCAUCCCUCUUCCCAAUAUUUUGAUAUUUUGGACAGUGAUGAUGUUAUAAUGGUUCAACAAAAGCAGUCACAUUGAUGUUCUUACCAGCAGUUACCAAGUUGAAUGCAGGUCACAAGAACUAGCACAAACAUUUAAUAUUGUCAGAACAUAGUCUCUUAAGUGAUAUGUAUCUUCUAUGUAUUAGAGGGACAGAGGAAGAGAGAGCUGGAUGUAUCAUUUUUAUAUUAGGUUGAGUAUUGUCCAUGGUCCAGAAAAAAAAGACCCUGUGUCUGGGGUGAGAGGAAGCAUAUCUUUCUCCUGAGUCCCUGGUAGCAAAGGGAUCAGUGUCUCUGGGAGAGACUUCUCAGAGAGAUUCUUCCCUCAUGAGUGAGGCAUUCAUCCAUGCUAGGACUGGCAAAGUUUUCAUCUUCCAUUCAGUGAUGCAACGAAAUUAAAUUCAACAAGCAUUAUUAAACACCUACUAUGUGCAAUGGAUAGAAAGAAAAAAGGAAACAUCCCCUGCCCUCAAGAAGCUUAUAUUCUAGUUGGGGGGGGGUUGGGGGAGGGAGCUUAUAUCUUUCCCUUUGGUUUAUCAGUCACAGAAUUGCCCUUGGAUCAUAUGUAGGGGUGGAAGGAUAGUUGGGUUAUAUGGUAGGUUCAGACUUCACCCAUCUUUUUCUCUGGAAAGUCUCUGGGUGUGGUUCCUGUUGUGGCCAUGUGGGGACACAUACGAAGAGGACAUAGCUGGUCCUCAGAGGAAGAGCUAGUACGAAGGCCCAAAUUUGGUUUCACUUACCUCUUCAGAAACAGAAGGAAGCAAUGUAGAAAGGCAGGUUUAUUGCCUAUUAACACUUAGGGUGCUAAACCUCAGAGAUCAUGUACUCUAAACUGGCUCCUUCUUUCUAUUUUACAGAUUAGGGCAGUGAGGGCCAAGGAGACUGAUUGACUUGUCCAAAGUCACACUAAGUAAAAAUAGAACCACAAUUCAAACCCAGGGUCUCUGAUUCCCAAUUCAUUAUAUCAUGGGCAGGGAGCUAGCUGCCUUCCAAAAGUUUUCUCUCGGACUCAGAUUUGGAUUACUAGACCAAAAACUUGUUUCUGAUCCCCUGAAGUCAUCACCUUGCCAGCAACUGGUAGUGUUCUUCUGGGUUUCUUCCCCAAAAGGAGAAGUUACUUUCUUAGGGAGAAACCAAAUUGGAUUUCUGCAGAGUGGCUGCUCUCUUCAGCCACACCUAUAGAUUGAAGCUCAGCAGAUUCUUCAUCUUUCUUCUCUUGGAUCCUGGAAAAUCUCCAGAGCCACAGAGGGAGAAUUGAAGCAGAGGAUGGGGUCUCUCUCUGUUGAUCUAGAGAUUAUAGAGAACACAUUUUGACUCCAAUACAUGGAAUCCCUCCCAAUGGAAGGAACCUAAGAGUCAUCUAGUCCAACCUCCCACCCGAUUUGAGACUCUUCCCUGACAGCCUUCGUGAUGAGGUCGGUGUCACAGUGUGGUGGAAAUGUCCCUGAAUCCGGAGUCGGAUGAGCUCCGAUUUGAACCUCUAAGAGUUUGAAAGUGCAGAACAAGGAAUGGAGGCCAUAUCUGGAGCAUUAACUAGGAGCUUUUACACCAGGAACAAAGCAAUAGGGGAAAGAGCUCACUGGGGGAAUAAUUGCUGGGGGGUGGGGUGGGGAUGGAAAGUGCACCCUCAAAUGGUGCUGUUAGCAUCCAACAAAUUUUGGUACCCUAAGACAGACCUUCUUUUCAUCCCUCAAUUAUAUCUCUCAUCAUGUCGAUUGACACAGGGGGUGCAUUGGGAUAUAGGACCCCUGGUCCUGCCCAGUUGGCAUUGGUUGCCACAGAGAAUUCUGUAGUUUCUUCUUAAGCAUUAUUUGAGCCCCUGGACCAGAGCAUGUUGUAACCCAGCCGAUGCACUGUUUUUUCAUCUCCUGAUUAGCAAGAUUAAGGGACAAAGGAUUCCCAGAGUUCCCCCCCCCCCCAUCCUGACACCUUUUUGUUCACAAACUGUGGCAUCCUCAAUA